CUCUCUCGUUCUCAGCUAUAGCGGUUAUUUCAAGAUAGUUAGAUCUACAUGAAUGGACACCACUGCACCCAAGUUUAGAGUGUAAAGUUUAUGUUGAAAUAGUGUUUGGAAAGUGUUUACACAAAAAAAAAUAAAAACUUCCAAAACCUUCUCGUUAUGUUUUGUUGUGGCAAUUGUGAGCUUUUAAAAAUGUGAAAACAAAAUGUUCUGAAACAAAAGACUUUCAAUAUUGGACUUUUAAAAGACUGUUUUAGAUUCCAUACAGCUAAUUAUCUUGUGGUGUUCACUGAGAGUUUUAUUGGAAAAAAAGAACAACAACAACAGUUUAGCAAUGAUAAGAUUAAAUCUUGUAGUUCAGAUUUGUCUGGAAAGAAUGGUCACUCCUGUCUGGACAGUUCGCGCUUUGUCCACUAUGAGCCGCAUGUCAUCAACAGAACAGCUUGAAGUCAAGCCCUUUGAGUCCAUUCCAGGUCCAGGGGGACUACACCAAUGGCCACUGAUUGGAUCGUUGCUAAACUACAAACCUUUUACGAGAUUUACUCCAGAGACUCUACACAACUUUCUGAACCACAUGCACGACAAAUAUGGACCAGUGGUCAAACUACGACUUGGAUCUCAAGUUGUUGUGGUGUGUGACCCCAAAGACUUCGAGACAGUGUACAGAAAUGAAGGGAUGUACCCGAAACGAACAAGCUUCGAUCUCAUUACCGCCUACAACAAGAGAAACAACGUGGAACCAGGCCUGUCACAACUUCAAGGUGAAGGAUGGCAUGCGUUGAGGUCACCAAUCAACAAGCGACUCAUGAAAGUUGAUUCGGCUGCUCAUUAUCUACAACAACACAACCAGGUGGCUGAUGAUCUUGUCCAAAUUCUGGCCACCCAAAAUUUAUCACCGGAAGAAGUUCAGAAACUUUUCUUUCGCUUUUCUGCAGAAAGUCUUGCUGUGGUUGUGUUCAACAAAAGACUCGGCUUGCUAGAAGAGAAUCCAGAUAAAGAGGCUCUAGAAUUUCUGAAGCUCUCAGAGACAGUAAUGAGCAUGAUUCAAAAAGCACUAUUCGGAAAGUCAAUUGCGCACAGAUGGUUUCGUAAUUCAACGUACCUGAAAUACGAAGCAGCCCAGAAUGUAGUCAGAAGAAUGGCCAUUUCUCGCAUAACACAAGAGAAAGUGAAGUUUGAGCAGAUGAAAACUUCUGGCCAAUUCAAGGAAGAUCACUCCAACUUGUUAUUCUCUUUACUUUCUGAGACAAACUUAACCAUUGAGAAUGUGUCUAAUGUUAUGAUCUCCCUUUAUUUUGGAGGGACUGAAUCGACAUCUAAAUAUAUUCCAGUCUUUCUCUACAACUUAGCGAAGAAUCCUGACAAACAGAAUAUUUUGAGAAAAGAAAUUCUGAACUGCAUGGGACAAGAUGACCCACUGACCACCAAAGCUUUGUCACAGAUGCCUUAUUUGAAAGCCGCCCUCAAAGAAUCUUUCAGGUUAUCCUUUCCAUCAGCAGUGACCAGUUUUAGAAUUCUACCUGUGGAUGUAGUCCUGGGAGGCUAUCACGUUCCAGCAGGUGUUUCUAUAUUUAUGUUUGGUCAAAGAGCUACAAGGACACAUUUUGAGAACCCCGAUCAAUAUCUUCCCGAGAGAUGGCUGAGGUCAGACGACAAGACGCUAAGAGAUCCAGCUCAUAGUAUGAUUGUCCUGCCGUUUAGCUAUGGCCCCAGAAACUGUAUUGGUCAACGUUUUGCAAUGCAGUUACUUUACUUAGCUGCGGUCAAGAUUUUACAACGCCUAGAUGUUCGCAUCCAUCAGGAUUCAGUGAAUGGAAGUUUUAUCUACAAGCCUUUUAUCCAGGCCCAGAGUCCUAUUGGAUUUAAAUUUACUGGCGUCAGAUAGAUGUAGUUAUCUUCUGCAAAUCUUUUUUUUAUUGUACAAAUGUGUUUUUACUUCAUGUAAAUGUUUUAAGCCGUAACCAAUUUUUUUUGAACUGCAUAAUAAUAAUAAUAAUAA